AGACCACGCCCGUUUUGUGUAAAUCAUGCAGUGGGCGGAGCCUUGUGUACUCGGUGUGCUGGAGUCAGCUGAUCGGUGCGGGUGGUAAACAGCAGUCGGCUAUAUUCAUGGAGGAGACACCAUAGAGAGGAGCAGCCCGGAUAGAUCGUACAGGUUGCACUAUAUAUUCGCUACAUAGUUUACAGCUUGUCAGGCGUGUCAAAGAAUCUAUCAGUCGAUGCUCCUGGCCAUUUCACAAUGGUUUGUGACCGCUGCACCUACAAGUCAAGAAGCCGCCAACGUCACACUAUUCUCCAGACUUCUAGCUUCAGAGAGACAUGGGAACUAUGGAAACUACACUACAGAAGACGUUGAAUGUCAAGAGGUGGGAAAGGUAAAUGUUUCUCUUCGCUGUGAAUUCAUCAGAAGCACACCAGAUUGCAGUGACAGUGAUGGAUACAUUGGUUACCUGGAUGGGGCGUUCUGCAGCUUUCCUCCGCCACUCUUUCCUCUGGCUAUCUUCUUGUAUGCCCUGUGGCUUCUUUACCUUUUCAUCAUCCUUGCAGUAACUGCAGAGAAGUUCUUUUGUCCAAACUUGUCUGCAAUCUCAAGAACACUCAGGCUUUCCCAUAAUGUGGCAGGUGUCACCUUUCUGGCCUUUGGGAAUGGGGCCCCGGAUGUGUUCAGUGCUGUGGCAGCGUUCUCAGACUCCCGCACUGCUGGGCUGGCUAUCGGUGCUCUCUUUGGUGCUGGUGUAUUUGUCACCACAGUCGUAGCUGGAGGCAUCGCAUUGGUAAAGCCAUUCACUGCUGCUUCUCGUCCCUUCUUGAGAGAUAUUGUAUUCUACAUUGCUGCCAUCUUCCUAACAUUUUAUGUGCUGUAUCAAGGUUAUAUUACCUUACCUGUUGUUCUAGUGUAUCUACUGAUGUAUGUGGCUUAUGUUCUUGUGGUGGUGCUCUCCACCUGGAUCUAUCAGAGGAUGCGCCAUCAGUCGUUGGCUGCCCCCAUUUUAAGCCAGCCAGAUCUUCUGACGGACAAUGAAGAACCUAGGGAUUCCACGCCUCAUGGCUCUGAGUUUGGUGAUGAGUAUCGACCAUUAAUACCAGUGCAGCUUGGAACCUGGCAGAUCUUCCUGCAAUCCCUAAAUCCAGUGGAUGCAAGGAAGUGGAGGCAAAAACCAUGGCAUUGGAAAAUUCUAAAAGUUGCAAAGUUCCCCAUAGAGGUGCUGCUUCGUAUCUCUGUCCCUGUGGUGGACCCGGACAAAGAGGAUCUCAACUGGCAGAGGCCUUUAAACUGCAUUCAACUAAUCACCGGUCCUCUACUCUGUGUCUUCUGUCUAAAUUCAGGAACAUAUGCACUGUACCUUAUUCAGGGCACAAUGCCCAUCUGGGCUCUUCUGCUGAUCAUUGGAACUCCACUGGCAGUCGUCAUUUUUUUCACCACUAAGAACGACCAGCCACCCAAGUACUACUUUCUGUUCUCCUUCUUUGGAUUCAUUGCCAGUGCUCUCUGGAUCAGUGCUGCUGCAACUGAAAUUGUUAACCUGCUACGCACUUUUGGAGUUGUCUUCCGGCUGAGUAACACAGUCCUGGGACUAACCUUGCUUGCCUGGGGGAACAGUAUUGGGGAUUUUGUAUCAGACCUCACGCUAGCUCGUCAAGGCUAUCCUCGAAUGGCAUUCUCUGCAUGCUUUGGUGGAAUCAUAUUCAAUGUGUUAAUUGGAGUUGGUCUAGGCUGUUUGCUGCAAAUGGGCCCAUCGAAGACUGUGUUACAGUUAGAUGCACAUGGUCUCUUGGUGUGGAUAUUAGCUGGAGGUCUUGGAAUCAGUCUGGUGUUUUCACUGGUUUUCGUAACACUGCAGUGCUUCCAUCUUCGUCGUGCUUAUGGAAUUGCCUUACUUGUACUUUAUGUUGUAUUUCUAAUUGUAGCAUUAUUAACAGAGUUUGGAAUAAUCAAACUGGAAACCUAAUGCUAAAAGGGGGGGGGGUCAUAAAACCAAUAUGCUGCGUUGAAGUGCCAUUCUUCCACAAAUUGUUAUGGUCAUCAUCUGGAAUGGCUGCAUCACUGUCUCAGGUUUUUUUUUUUGUUUUUUUUUAGGUUGCAUUUUAUUUUUUUAAGCACAAAAUUAAAAAUGAUUUUACAAUGUGUUUAUUUAAAAGGGAAAAAAAGUGUGUUUUAAAUAAGUAUUUUUUUAACAAAACGGUUUCACUUAAAUUGUUCCCCUUUUGCAAAAAAAAAUGAAAAGGAAGGUGAACUAACAUCGUACACCCUCAACCAAUGCCCUGUCACACAGCCCCCCCCCCCCAAUUUCCCGGUCCUCGCUGCACUUCCUACCGGCAAUGUCCGUGCCCAUGCAACCAGAAUGGUGGACUGGCAGCUGUUUGGGCACUGAAAGCUCACCAUCUUGCAGCAAGGACCAGGGUGGAUGGCGAGGGUGUAUGGUGUGUGUGUGUGUGUGUGUGUGUGUGUGUGUUCAACUUUUUCAUUUUUUCUGAAAAGGUGAACCAAUGCUUUAAGUUAGCAGAACCGCUAAUGAACUUGUGGUCUACCAAUUUAUUCAUGUGAAAGAUAUGAAGGUUUAUUUUAUAGACUUCUUUUUAAAUAAAGCUGUUACUUGAACAUUA